UUCACUGUCUCAGUGUCGUGACAUCGAAAAACCCCGUCUGAGCUGACGCUUCCGUCUAGGGUUUUACUCCCCUCGCCAGCGGAGAGCUCCGACCUUCCCGCCCUCCGAAGCUUCAGCUUCCGGUAAUGGACAUGGGAACUAAAGUGAAGCUCGUGGGAACGGAAGUCCCCAUCCCCGGCAGCGACUCUGUCAACUGGAUUGAGCUCACCGUCCCGUCUUCAGUCUCCGCUGCUGCACCAGCUGCUGUGUCUAGUGCUGCUUCAGCCAGAGAGUCCUUUGCUCCUCCUACAGAGGAUCGUGCUUCGUGUUCGGUGAUAGGCGAUCCAAUUCAGUCCUACUUCAUCUGGAGAAUAAACAAGAGCUCGCCUCAUGUCCUGGAACUGCUAGAAUUCUCUGCUGACAAGGAAUUCCCUCGCAAUGGUCUCCAAAUUGUGUUUCCAGAUGCCCUUUCUCCUUUCGCUUUUAUCUGCCUCGACAAAUCUAAUCAUCAAGAUGGAAGCCCGUAUUUGCUCUAUGUCUUGACGGUCUCUGGAGUUGCCUACCUGCUCCAACUUAAAAGUGUUGAUACUUACGUACUAUCUUCUUCUUCCAUCUUACCGGCAAAUGAGAUAACUGAGUUUGAUGUGCGGUUAUACGUAAGUCAAGGUGUAAUAACGAGUGUUGCAGCAAGUAUGGGUUUAUUUUUGGUUGGGACAGAUUCAGGGUCUGUUAUCUGCUUCAAGCUUGGCAGUCUUCAUCGCACUAGUCCGGGUUUUCACUUUGAGCUUCGAGAUGAUACUGGAAUUGGCCGACUAUGGGGUUUUGUGUCAAGGGGUAAGAUGGUUGGGGCAGUUCAGGAUUUGUUAAUAGCUGAGACGCUUGGCAGACCACUUGCUUUUGUUCUCCAUUCUGAUGGAACAAUUAGAGUGUGGGAUCUUUUGGAUUGUAAUAGGGUUCUAAACCACAUGGUGAAUCCCCAUUCAUUGGGAGGACUAUUCAAAAGAUUGUGGGUUGGUCAAGCUAAUCGUUCAAGAAACAUAAUUCCUUUGGUGAUCCUACACAAACAAAAUAUGGAAGAUACCAUGGAGACAAUCUCUGUAUAUAAAAUUCAGUUUGACUUUGGGGACAAGGUCAUUUUCUCAAUGAAUUCUUCAGUGCAAAGUAUUCCUUUGGAGGGCGGAUGUGUGGAUGUUCAACUUUCUGAGCAUAACAUAUUGAUUCUAAAAGACAGCGGAUUGGUGUCACAUAACAUGUUGCACACAAAUGCUGAUGUGGAGGAAUCGCAGUGUUAUGCUUUGCAGGAAGAAUUUGUUGCUGACCAGUUAUAUCAAAGUUCUGAGCAAUUUCCAGAUGAUCUACUUUGGAUUACCCAGUCUAUGUUUUCAUCCGUGAAGGAUCAGACUAUUGCAUUUGUUUCUUCAGUCUUCUUAAGAAAGCUGCUCCAUCCAGGCAUUUUUCAUGAUGGUGUUUUCCAAAUGACCAUGCUGGACUACAACAGGCACUUGGCUUAUUCUGAUUUGCGAAAUAUGACUGUUGAUGGGCUUAAAAAGGAGAUUCUUUCGCUGAUUGAGCACGAGGUCAAUCAAACUCCACUCUCGGCAUUCUAUCGUUGGAAAGUUUUCUGUAAUCGCUAUUUUGAUCACUGGUGCAAGAGCAAUGCCCCACUAGGUUUGCUGCUUCAGCCUCCUGGUGACGCCAUUGUUUUAAUCCGCAAGAGUUCAGUGUCGUUGUUCCGAUCAAUGGAGAAAAUUGAGCUACUUGUUUCUGGUUCCGAUGAGGUUAGUGAUGUUAUAAAUUUUGGGUUGAGCUCCUCUGAUGAUAAAUUUGGGUGGGAGAUCCUCUUGGAAGUUCUUGGCUGUGUAAAUUGCAUAAGUCAACAACUGGGGAAGACAGCUUCGGCCGUAAUAUACGAGUUACUCAUGACUACGCCCAUGAUAAGUCCUGAUGAUUUUCUCCCCUGCUUAUUGAAGACUUUAGAAACUGGAUAUAGUUCUUCGGUGGCUGCCUUCGACUCACGGAUUGACAUAGUGCUGGAGAAGGAAUUAGUGGAUCACAAGAAAAUUAGGAAAUUCUCUGCUCAUAUGAUGUUAGCUCUUCAUAAUUUGAGCAGUAAAGCGGCAGCAUGGGGUAGAGUUUUGGAAGUCAUCGAGGGCUACAUUAAUUUUCUUGUCCCACAGAAGACCAUACAGAAGUUUGACACUGAGAGGUCUGUAGAUAUGAACACUGCGGUUUUAGUCCAGUCUACUUCUCAAGUUGCAAGGGUGAUGUUUGAGUCUGCAACCGACAUUCAUCUUUUCCUUAGUUAUCUUCUUCAUAUUGGCGGGCAGAUCCAUAUGUCACAUGAUGACGUUUCCAGAAUACAGUUUGAAUUGGUCCCAAUGUUACAAGAAGUUAUUUCUGAGUGGCUCAUCAUUCAAUUUUUUGCUUCCAUGCCAUCUGAAGUUCCUGCAGUUGAAGAUUUCAGCUAUCAACUAUCAUCUCUAAAGAUUGACAGCAGUAUUGACAAGAGAUCAUCGAAGGAUAGGCAAGGAAAACGCGAUUUCACGUUGGCAUAUUUACUCCUGUCAAAUGGUCUUAACUCCUCUGAAGAGCAUGAUAAACUAGGUCACAGAUAUCUUCCUGGCCCACAAAUUAUUUUAAGUGCUGCAAGGAAUUUUAUUAGCUGGAUUAUCUGGGGGAGAGCUGGAGAGGAAUCUUCUAUUUUCUUGAGCCAUACCUCCGAGCUUGCAAUGAUCCUUAUUAGAAAUGGGCAAUAUAAUGCUGCUGAGCUCCUAAUUGGCUUAGUGGAGUCUCAUGCUCGGAAGGAAUAUAUAUCUAGGAGUUUACAGGACGCCAAAGGGCAAUGGUGCAUGCUCCAUCAUCUUCUUGGCUGUAGCUUGCUUGCUCAAGCCCGGGGCUUACAUGGAACUGUGAAAGAAACUAAAGUCAGUGAUGCAGUUCGCUGUUUCUUCCGAGCGUCAUCUGGGGAAGGUGCCUCCCAGGCUUUGCAGAAUUUAUCUGAUGGAACUGGAUUUCCCCAGCUUGGACUAUAUAAUGAAUUACCAGCUGCAUGGAAGCUUCAUUAUUAUCAGUGGGCAAUGCAAACAUUUGAGCAGCAUAACAUUAGUGAAGGUGCUUGCCAGUUUGCUCUUGCUGCACUUGAGCAGGUUGAUGAAGCUCUAAGUAGCAACGAAGCUCCUGAUGAGAGCGCAACUACUAUCAGAGGACGGCUUUGGGCAAAUGUCUUCAAGUUUACUUUAGAUCUUAACCACUAUUAUGAUGCAUAUUGUUCAAUCAUUUCAAAUCCCGAUGAGGAGAGCAAAUACAUAUGCUUGAGGCGUUUCAUAAUCGUUCUUUAUGAACGUGGUGCCUUAAAGAAUCUUUGUAACGGUCAACUCCCCUUUAUUAGUUUGACAGAAAAGGUUGAGCUUGAACUUUCCUGGAAGGCUGAACGCUCAGAUAUCAUGCUGAAGCAAAACCCUUAUAAAUUGCUUUAUGCAUUUGAAAUGCACCGUCAGAAUUGGCGAAGAGCUGCCAGUUAUAUGUAUCGAUUUACAUCUCGUUUGAGAAAUGAAGUUGUGCUAAAAGAUAGUCAGAAGUCUUCUGUAGCAAUUCAAGAAAGACUAAAUGGGCUCUCUGCUGCUAUCAAUGCGCUGCAUCUUGUUCAUCCUCUACAUGCAUGGAUUGAUCCUCUUCUAGAAGAAAUUCCGACAAAGAACGCGCAUUAUCCCAAUAAAAGGGCUAAAACAACAGCUGGAGAACAGACCACAGAGAAUGGUAUUCAGCCUCAUGGCUAUCUUGGUAUUGCGAAACUUGAUAAUGAAUAUAUCUUGACUUCAGCUGAAUAUUUGCUCUGCCUGGCCAACAUCAAAUGGUCAUAUUCUGAUGCAUCAGCACUUCCCCCAGAAUUAGUCGACCUCUUGGUCGAGAUGGAUUUAUAUGACAUGGCUUUCACUGUCCUCUUGAAAUUCUGCAAGGAUACCGGACUAAAAAGGGAGCUGGAGAGUGUGUUCCGGGCGAUGUCAUUGAAAUGUUGCCCCAAUACUGUGGGUUCAACAUUGACUGGGAACGAUUUGAGAACACAACCUCUUCUGUUGACAUCAUCAAAGAAUGAAGCAACCCAGCCUGGUUUACUUGAAUUGGGUGGCCCGAUGAAUCAAGUCAGGGGAAAUAGCAGUUGGGAAAAUCUUGAGCUUUACCUUGGUAAAUACAAAAAUCUUCACGCAAGACUGCCUGUUGUCGUCGCUGAAACACUCCUUCAUGCCGAUUCUGAAAUAGAACUACCACUUUGGUUGGUUCAAAUGUUCAAGAGUGGGGGAAGUGAGCGGAGAUGGGGUAUGACUGGUCAGGAAUCGAAUCCCGCGUCCCUGUUUCAGCUUUACGUUGAUCAUGGGCGUUUCACCGAAGCCACAAAUCUGUUGCUAGAGUAUAUCGAUUCAUUCAAAUCAGUGAGACCAGCAGAGGUAAUUUUCCGCAAAAGGCCAUCUUCGGUUUGGUUUUCAUACACAGCAAUUGAGAGACUUUGGUGCCAACUAGAGCGAUCUAUAGCCUUGGGCCACAUGGUUGAGCAGAGCAGGAAGCUGCAGAGUUUGUUAAGCGAUGCUCUGUCGGGCCAUCUAAAGCAGCUGAAGGUGGAUUCUGAGGAUGCGGUAUCAUUGUUGACCGAGAGAAAAGACUUAACAGUGCUUGAAACACAGAAUUUUCACUACAGGCUGUAGGAACAUCCGGUCUUAACUUAAAACGGUGGCAGGGUCACUCCCUGAGAGUGUCGGUUUGCAAUUUACUGAUCCGCGUGGGGAAGUUCUGUAUGUAUCAUAUCUAUUGUCGAAUUGCUUAUCAUCCGCCCCUUUGAAAAAUGGCUUCUCUCUGUGGCCUGAUUGUAUGUCCAGUUUUACUGGUUUCACAACCGACAGCUGCAAUGGACGCUUAUGCGCUGUUGUAAACGGCUAAACGCGCAAAAAGAGCACAUGAUAUAGUUUCCGGCAUCACCUCCGGGUUCGUGUUU